UACAUCUGGUGGAGGCCCACUAGGUCUCCUGGGUGAAAGUGAUUUAUCUGUAUAUUUUGGGGGAUCUAGUGCCAAGUGGCCAUACCAAAUUCCACCCCUAGCCACGCCUUCCUUGAGUUUGUCCCCACAUGCUGUGAAGUCUGCAACCGUGAGUACCUGUCCUUGUUCCUCCGAUGGGUUGCCCCAAUGAAUGUAGUUACACUCAGCCAGCCAUCUCCUGUCCACUGUUUGUCCACUGUCUGUCUGUCCACUCCACCUUUUGCCCUGCCAGCCUACGCUUGGGAGGCGGGACUGGCCUAACAGUUCUCUAAUCCAAGGUCAGCUCGAGUGCAGAGCCUGCAGCCCCGCUUCGCAGUGGGAGCAGUGUGGAGCAUAGACGCGGAUGGGCCAGGGGCCCAGGACUCAGGGCCCUUGAGCUAUCAGGGUUGCUCAAGGGGAACUUUGCCCAGAGCCUUCUCGGGCCUUGGGGACAGGUAGGUGGCUCAAGGCACCAGGCCCAUGUCAGAUUAAAAAGUGUGAUGCAGUUCCAGAUGCCUCCCUCCAUGGGAAAGGAUCCAGGGAUAUAGCUCCUCAGGACCAAGUGUCCAGAACCAGCAGACCCUCCUGGAAACCCAACUCACUGUGCACCUAUGGCCAUGACAUACAGCAGGGCAGGGUGCACCAGCUUCCCCUCCACUGUUUCACUGCACCUCCUGCUUGCACCCAGAAUCAGUAAUCUGUUUUCUGUUAGCAGAGCUGGGGAAAGCUGGGCCCUCCCUUGCAGUUUUCAAGAGUUGCUCUAAAUCCAGAUUGGGAGGAUUCUCCUUGCCCUGGCUAGACCUCCAGACUAAAGUGGAGCACACUCUGCAGAGAAGGAAGGCAGCUAUAGUGGGCUAAGAGCUUGGAGAGGUGGAACCCCACCACCACCCGCAACACCAGGAGGCAUUGAAAGAGAUCAAGGUGGUGUGCAUUGUGGCUUAGGGUUGGAAGAGUCUCCAUUUUCCCAGCUGCCCUUGAGCAGUUGGACAUGGCCAAAUAGAUGACAAUGCACUAGAAUGUCAAAGGAACAUGGGACACAAAGGGGGCUGAAUGGACCAAACAAGGCUCACCGGCCAAUUUCUUGCACUUGCCUAAAAUUUUCUCCCCCAAGAGGCAGCUCUGGACUUCAGUUUCUCCACACACAUAAGGAGAGAGUUCUCCAGAAGAUACUCUUGUUUUCUGGGCUCCUUCAUGAGGGAUCCAGCCUCUGCCCUGUACCAUGCUCCAGGAGGAAUUCCUAGGAACACAGAAAGUAGCCUAGUCUCUGAUUCUUGGUCCUGACCACCCAGGGUCUUUGUUUGGGCAGCCCCAGCCUCUCCUGGCCAAACCAGAUGCUCUUAUCUUUCUGGAAGGUCUGAAGGAUAGUUAGGCUCAUCAUUGAUUCCUUUUACCCAGUUCACAUAGGAAUAGGGACUUCAGUUCUUGGGCCCAUCCUGGGCUUCCCCUUCCCCAGAUUCACUUCUACCCCAUUCCAUGCUCUUGUCCAGUGAUGCUGCAUUUCCUGAGCUGGCUUUUUCAGAAGGAGAAAUGUGGCUGCAUCUCCAUGGUGAGGAGGAGCCUGGUGCUCAGUCCCCUGCCCCGGAAAGCCUCCCUGGUCCCUGCUUCUUCCAUAAAGCCAAGAGACUGGAGAGUCUUCAAUUUCCAGGGAUAGCCUGACAAUCAUUGUCCCACCCCUCUGUGCCUCAAGCCCUAGGUCAGAUGUGGGUUCUCCUUCAUUCAUGACAAUGAUGGAAGGGCUGGCCUGGCUCCUCUAUGGCCACACACCUUUGUCCCAGAAAAGAAAGGCAGGCCCAGGGCAUCAUUGUUGCCGUGUUUUUUUCUACUUCACAGGAAUAUAGAGAAAGAGUGCUAGUUGGAACUUGGUCCUGGCCCUGGUCCUUCCUAAUGCUCCCCAGACCCACCAGUGCCUCAGCAGGCCCCUCAGCCAAGUGUGACCGAGGCCCAGGGAUGGCAUCUCAUAGCGUCCAGGGACUUUGCCAGCUUUUGCAUUGGUGGCAAUUUUCAAACCCAAAGCUGCUGUCCAAGGUUUGCCCCAAUACAGGUACCUCCAGUCUGUCCUUCAGCCGCAGGCAGGGUUGGGGGACUGACCGUUGUUGCCUCAAGACAGCCCAUCUUUGACUACACCAGAUAACGGCUGUGGCUUUGUGUGUGUGUGUUUUCUUUCUCUUUCGUCGUCCUUUUUUCUUCUCCCUGACGCGUGUAAAGGAGAGGACUAGAAGGAACGGUUCCCACCUCUCGGAGGACAACGGACCCAAAGCGAUCGAUGUGAUGGCACCCUCCUCAGAGUUGACUGCAUUCAGCCAGUGCCAAAAGAGGAGCCCAGUCUCGCUACCAAAUUCCAGUCCAUCGGGGUUCAGGUAGAGGACGACUGGCGAAGCAGUGCCCCCUCUCACAGCAUGUCCUCCCGACGGGACACUGACUCAGAUACCCAGGAUGCCAAUGACUCGAGCUGUAAGUCAUCUGAGAGGAGCCUUCCAGACUGUACCCCACAUCCCAACUCCAUCAGCAUCGAUGCUGGGCCUCGGCAGGCCCCCAAGAUUGCCCAGAUCAAGCGCAACCUCUCCUAUGGAGACAACAGCGACCCUGCCCUAGAGGCAUCGUCACUGCCCCCACCUGACCCCUGGCUUGAGACCUCCUCCAGCUCCCCGUCAGAGCCAGCACAGCCAGGGGCCUGCCGCCGAGAUGGCUACUGGUUCUUGAAGCUUCUGCAGGCAGAAACAGAGCGGCUGGAAGGCUGGUGCUGCCAGAUGGACAAGGAGACCAAAGAGAACAACCUCUCUGAAGAAGUCUUAGGAAAAGUCCUCAGUGCUGUGGGCAGUGCCCAGCUACUGAUGUCCCAGAAAUUCCAGCAGUUCCGGGGCCUCUGUGAGCAAAACUUGAACCCUGACGCCAACCCACGUCCAACAGCCCAGGACCUGGCAGGUUUCUGGGACCUGCUACAGCUGUCCAUAGAGGACAUCAGCAUGAAGUUUGAUGAACUCUACCAUCUCAAGGCCAACAGCUGGCAGCUGGUGGAGACGCCCGAGAAGAGGAAGGAAGAAAAGAAACCACCCCCUCCAGUCCCAAAGAAGCCAGCCAAAUCCAAGCCAGCGGUGAGCCGCGACAAGGCCUCAGACGCCGGGGACAAGCAGCGUCAGGAGGCCCGCAAGAGACUCCUGGCGGCCAAGCGGGCAGCUUCCGUGAGGCAGAACUCAGCCACAGAGAGUGCGGACAGCAUCGAGAUUUAUGUCCCCGAGGCCCAGACCCGGCUCUGAGACCAGGAAGCAGGAAGCAAACAAUUUUAAGUCAUUUUUAAAAACCACACAAACUAAAUGCAAAUGGAACGGAAAUUUUCUCAACCUUUAAUAUGGUUGUUCUAUCUAGAGACCCUGAGCCAACUUUCAAAUUGACGCAUACAAGGGCUCACAAUUUGGCUUUUUUGGGUCCCUCCCAGCUUUAGGUUUAUGAAGACUUCACACACAAAAAAGUCAACAAAACCACAAAACUAUAAAACUUUUUUUUUCCUCUUGCUGGCCAUGGUGGACUAGAUAGAUGAACUUCGGCAACUCCCCGGCCCAGCCUCCAGACUGCAGUCUUUAUACUUGUUCUGUCUAAUGAGAACUUAAACUAGCGUGUUUACAAGACAAGGACAGUCCAAGGGCAGCCUUGGGCACCUGCCAUGUCCUUCCUUCUUUUCCCAGCUACCCCUGCUCUGACCUCGGAGUUUUCAUUCUUACGUUUCUCUUUUCCCUUCAGAGCUCACACAGGGGUCACUACCCCGGCUGGCAGCUUUCUAGUUCUCAGACCUUUUUGUGGCGGAGAGCCGAGAGGACAGAGAGAUGGACAUGCGUUCCCUCCCCCGCUAAGUGCUCACACACAGUCACACACGUGCACACACACAGAUGUAGGUUCCUCCCAGCAGAAGCAGCGCUCACCCUGUUAUCUGCCAGGGUCGGGCUGGUGAUGUGCCUCCCUGAGAAGAUGAGGCGGGUUUAAGUCUUUGGGGGGAAAUGAGAUAAAAGCUAUAGUAUCACACUCCAGGCUCCCACCUUUUUCGUCUCUCCAGCCCUUCUUUCAGCAAAACGUGUGACUCAGAGUGACUCACAAGGGUCACUCAAGAGAGGGACCCCCCCAUUUGUCUGUCCCUGGCCGAGCCUGUGUACAGUACCCGAAGGGCUGGCAGCUGUGUCUGUAGUAUGUGUACAUAUGCACAUAGACCUUAGAGUGUAUAUUUAACAAACGCCCAUCUGCUCACCCAUGCCCACUAGUGCCACCGCUGGCUCUUGGGGCACCUGGCAGGAGGCAGGUGUGUGAAUAGCAUAUAUUUUUACAUGUACUAUAUCUAGGUGUGUGUACAAGUGUGUGUAAAAAUAUAUACCUUGUGUGUAAGCAGCCCUUUUUUUUUUUUUGGCCUCCCACCUUCCUAGCCUCUGAGUUUUCUGUUCUAUUUUUUUACCCCAACCACCUUUCUCUCUCCCCCUGCCCCCUAGCUCCUCUCCCAGGGUGUCAUGAGCCCUGAGCUGCAGUGGCCCAGGCCUGCAAGCGGGGUGGGGAGGGCAGGGGGAGGGGGAGGCUCAGCCUGCAGCAAGCUCAGUGCACAAAGGCUGCUCUCUACUUGGUGUAGACUACAGCACCAGAGACAUCCUUAUGUCUGGUACUUGCUGCAGGGGCCCCAGGUGAACCGAGGGCCUGCUCUGGGGCCCCAUUCCAGCUUGGCCACCGUCUGUGACCUUGGGCAAGUCACUUGACCUCUGUGUGCCUCAACUUCCUCCUCUGUAAAAUGGGGACAGUCCCUGCCCCUCCCUACCUCACAGGCAUGUUGUGAGAAUAAAUGAGGUAACGUGUA